AUGUCAAGUCAGCUCAGCCCUACGACCAUCACCAAACCUCACCAAAUGUCAAUGCAUCACUUAUCACAAGUCCAGGAUCAGGAACCGAGCUCUUGUAGCACAUCUCCGAGCCUGGAACCCAUUACUCGCACUCGACCGCCAUUCUCCCAGGGAGCAGUGAAGAUUCUGAGACGGUGGUUUGCAGCCCACCGCAGCCAUCCAUAUCCCAAUCAGCAGGAGAAAGAAAAUCUUUGCGACUUGACAGGGUUGAGUAUAUCGCAAAUUUCCAACUGGUUCGCUAACGUAAGAAGACGGUCUAAGUCAAGUGCGACUGCAUUUGUGUCUUCGACCCGGAAUGAAAAUGAAAACACGCCAAGCGCAAUAGACAUCCCUUCUCGACCCCCAACACCAGGAAUAUUUGCAGACUUGAGUCCUCUUCAAAGAUGGGCCAAUUCACCGCCUGAAGAUGAGCACGCUACAAUAUCCGCCAUAUCGAGGGCAAUCAGUGUAUUGAGUUCCUCCGACGUGAGCCGUGAUCAUGGCUUUUCUCGUCUUUCUGACGACAACUCAGCUGCAUCUCUGAGCACAUGGUCAUCAGAGAGCGGGUGGCAUGAUAUGUCUAGCGAAGGCUCUCUUAACUCAGGCCGCUCAUCGAGUGCCGGGGCUCAUUCAGCUACUUAUGCUUUGCGCUCGAACUCAAGGCGACGACGACGACGACGCCGCACAAAGACUCCCCAUCACCGGCAACGGGAAUCCCACCCGGAGUCAGGGAGGAGGCCAUUCCAAUGUACUUUUUUUACAGAGGCUUUCAAGACGAAAUACGACUGGCAACGGCACGAGAAAACUUGGCAUUUGUCCUUGGAUCGUUGGGUUUGUUCGCCGGCAGGACCUGUCUCUGUAGACCCAGACACAGGUGCUUCUGCAUGCAUAUUCUGCGAUGCAGAAAGUCCUGAUCAGGCUCAUUUGGAGACUCACAACUUUGCCAUGUGCAGGACCAGGGAACAGGAGGAGCGAACUUUCUAUAGGAAAGAUCACUUGACGCAACACCUACGCCUGGUUCACUACGCUACCAUGAGCACUGUUGCUCUUGACUCAUGGAAGGUCUUGGCACCCCCCAUCCGAUCUCGUUGCGGAUUUUGUGGUUGUGAUUUAGAUGACUGGCCCAUGCGAGUCGAUCAUAUUGGUGAUCAUUUCAAGAAAGGCAGCACAAUGGCAGAGUGGGUUGGAGACUGGGGCUUUGACGACGCAAUCCUCCAAACCGUUGAGAACUCACUACCACCUUAUCUGAUUCCCUUCGAGCAAACCUCCGCUUUACCAUACAAAGCUGGCAAAGCUCCACCAUGGACACCAAACACGGCAUACGAACUUAUCAAGCUAGAACUUCACUAUUGGAUCACCCAUCGCCUCGACGAAGUCGGCCAUGCCCCAAGCGACCCCGAAAUACAACAAGAAGCAUGUCGAGUCAUUUUCACCUCGGACCUUCUGUCAAGCACCGAUGCCGCUGAUGCUGCCUCAUGGCUCCGCGACCUCAUCAUGUCCUCCAACGAAGUCUUACAGCGUGCCAUGCUCCAAUCCGUCCGUGCCCAAGCAGAGAACCGCCUUUCUAGUCUGCGAAUCAAUGGAAAGGACAAGAUAUUUCAGAAUUGCGAUUUUGAGAGCCAACUCCAGCAGUUUUGCGCACAAGCCAGACUUCGGAACUGGCCGGUGUCAGAUAGUGCUCUACAGUUCGAGGCGGCCAAAACAAUCCGGUCAGCGGAUGAGGGCUCCAAGGCGCCGUCAAAGGCUAUAGUAGACUGGCUUUUGCGGUCGAUUUUCGGUUCAACGCGUUGGCUCGAGGCAUUCAAGCGACGGGCUGCGUUGCCGAUGCAUCAGAAUGCCGCAGAACUGAUGGAGCGCCAGAUUGAAUGUCAGCAAUAUCUUAUGGGAGAUGGCUUUGGUCAGGUGCCUGGAGAUCAGUUCCCUACGCUGCUAAGGGGCGAGGCAUCUGAAAGAUUGUUUGAGAACUGUGAAGGCAUCUCUGAGAACUUGGGUGGCUAUCCUGCGAACAACCUCAGUGAUUUCGUCCAUGUUGAUGCGUUGGAUCAAACGUUUUCAACUUUUCCAACUAUUUCAACAAGUGGAGGUGACAAAUUAGAGAAUCCCACUCGACAAAUUUCCUCAGAAGAUCCUAUUCGACCCAGAUGUUCCCAGAGAGCAAGCUUAGGGGACGUUGGCGGUACGCCUUUGCCACUUCGUGGCCCUUCGAAUAGCCAGCGACCGCCAUAUUUCCCAAAUGACGCAAACGCUUAUCGCCGACUGGCCAAGGAUCUUGCUAGAUUCGUUGCCUUGACCAUGUCGGAUAAAAAUCCGAACAAGCAUGCUCCCACUGACGAGGAGAUACAGUAUCAGGCCCGUUGGCUAGAGUUUGACGACGAUGACCCUUGGAAUCAGACUGCCGCUGAUAACCCUGAAUGGCUUUUGCGUUUCAAACGUGAUGUCGGUCUGCUGCCUCUGGAUUCGGGGCCGACCUUGGGCCUUGGCCAAAAACAAGUUGCUGGGCCAAAUAAGCAAAGCGGUAAUAUUCCUGGUUUGCCGCAGCCAUCAAGCCCGUUGAAAGAGUGA